CAAGCUAAGAAAAGGGGUAUAUACAAACAUAAAGAUACAUUUGAGACACAUACGAUGAUAUUUAGAGCUCAAAAUAGCAUUUCAAAUGGGGAAGUUGUCUGAUGAUUGGCCGUUGGGUACUUGCCAGAUUGAAAAACCCGACCAAACUCAUGCCUUUUGUGGGCCUGUAAUUUUGUCGAUGGCUAAAUUGCCGCGAUCACUGUGAUCAGGGGCCAUUAUGAUUCUGCCGUUAGAUGAGGCGAUCCACACCCACUCUCGCCCCACUGUGGCGCUGUGUGGAAAGCCAGGCCAAGCCAGCCAGCUAAAUGGUAACAGCAGCAGCACGAGCAGCAGCAGCAACACCAGCAACGCGGGCAACAUGUACGGCGGCAACACAAGUGGCGGACGCCAAGACAAGUGCAGAUUUCAGACUGGGAGUCAGGCGUAACUACUCGCCGAGAGAAACCUCCUCCCCUCGCCGGUUUUUGUUUCGCUUUUAAGCGUUAAUUUCACCUAAAAAGAUUUAUACACGUAUAUAUGGGGUAUAGAUAUAAGAUAUAUGCGAACAAGAAGCAGAAGUUUGUCGAGCACAUCGAGCAUAGGGGUUUAAUCACGGCCCAGACGCCGCAGAGAGCUGUCGGAAUAAGGCAGACUUUCGGUUUCAGCAGGCACCACUGAUGUCCGCUGUUAUGAUCCAUAAAAAUGAUAUAAAAAUAGGGGAAAAACAGAGACUGCUACCAAAAACUCGCUAUGCAAAUCGAGGCAUUUAAGUGAUUUUUCCUAAACCAGUUCCAUAAAUCGAACUCUUUUCCCACUGCCGUGUGUGCCUAUCCGUGUGCGAGUCUGUGUGCUUAACGGUACAAGGAAAAUCAAAGAUACACAAAAACCGGAAAAUAUAAAGCCAAGUGACAAACGAAAGUGAAAAUCGAAGUUUCGAGCGUGAACGCUACUUCUCCACCAUCAACGUUAAGAAGGGCCUGCUCGGCCGCAUGACCACAAGUCUGACCUCCUACCGCCGCAGCAAGCAGAAGUCCAAGUCGAACAAUGACAUCCACACCAUCAUCGCCACGGAGGUAACGGCCGCCAUCCUCAGCAGCAGUGUCCACAGCAGCACGGGAUCGGAGGCCGAGGAGGGCCAGACCACCACCCUCAUCGAGGAGGCGGCCCAGGACCGCAGCAGUGAGGAGCAGGAGAACCAGAGCCAGAGCCAGAACCAGAAGGAUCCCCAUCCGCCCCAGAUGGAUUCGCACCACCAUCUGCACCACCAGCGCAAGGCCGCCGCGGAGGCGGUGCGCCAGCAGAUGGACGACGACGAGGAGGAUCGGGACUCCAACGAGGACGACGAGGCCACGCCCAUGAUGAGCGGCGUGGGGCGCAAGGAGCAGAACAACCGACGCAGCGUCGUCAGCGCCAAUACGCAAAUGGACAACGAUGUCACGCCCGUCUACUUGGCGGCGCAGGAGGGCCACUUGGAGGUGCUCAAGUUUCUGGUGCUCGAGGCCGGCGGCUCUUUGUACGUCCGCGCACGCGACGGCAUGGCACCGAUCCAUGCCGCUUCACAAAUGGGCUGCUUGGAUUGCCUCAAAUGGAUGGUCCAAGAUCAAGGUGUGGACCCCAAUUUGAGGGACGGCGAUGGAGCCACGCCCCUGCACUUUGCCGCCUCCCGGGGUCACCUGUCCGUGGUCCGCUGGCUGCUGAACCAUGGAGCGAAGCUAUCCCUGGAUAAAUAUGGCAAGUCGCCCAUCAACGAUGCCGCGGAAAAUCAGCAGGUUGAGUGCCUGAAUGUCUUGGUGCAGCACGGCACCACGGUGGACUACAAGGGCAGCUCGCAGCGGCACAAGUCGCAGCAGCAACUGCACCACCAGCAACACCAACAGCAGCAACAGCAGCAGCAACACCUGAGCAGCAGCUGCAACUCGAACUCGAACUCCUCGAAGCAGACGAGUCGCAGCAAUACGAUCAAGUCCAAGUCCUCCUCGACCUUGAGCUCCGACGUGGAGCCCUUCUACUUACAUCCCCCGGCCAUAGCAGGCGGAGCUGGAGGCUCGGCCAUGGGCCUGGGCAUGGGCAUGGGCAUGAGCAUGAACGUGGGCAUGGGCAUGGGCAUGGGCAUGGGCCUGGGAAUAUCGAGGAAGAACAGCGACGCCCUGUACUCGCAGCAGUCGAGGAGCUCUUCCGAGAAGCUGUACAACGGUUCGUCCUCCUUGGGUGGCAAUCCGGGGGGCAACAGUUCUUCGGGAGGCGGAGGCGGCGGCGGUGGUGGUGCCCUGCUGCCCAACGAUGGCUUGUAUGUGAAUCCCAUGCGAAACGGCGGAAUGUACAACACGCCCUCGCCCAAUGGCAGCAUCUCCGGGGAGUCCUUCUUCCUGCACGAUCCGCAGGACAUCAUCUACAACCGUGUGCGCGAUCUGUUCGUGGACUCCGACUGCAGCAGCAGUGUGAAGCAGCACGGCAAGAGCCACGCCCACAACCACCAGCUGCUGCAGUCGAAGGCGGGCAACGCCAUGACCAUACAGGCGGAUGUCCACUCCAGCUCCAGCGGGGCGGGCAGUGGCUCCGACGAGUCCGUGUCCAUCUCGUCCAGCUUCAACUCGCCGAAGCAGCAGCAGCAACUGCGCAGCCAGAGCUUCAACCGCCACGGAAGCAGCAGCAACAUCAGCAACAUCAGCGCCGGCGGCAACAUAAAGAACAACAACUACAAGCCGCACAAGGGGAUGCCGAGCAACCAGAACGGCGGAGGGGACCACGACUACGAGGACAUCUAUCUGGUGCGCGAGGAGUCGCGCAAGCAGCACCAGCAGCAGCAGCAACACCAGCUGCAGCAACAACAGCACCAGCAGCUGCAACAUCAGGCCGUGCAACAGCAGCAGCAGCAACACAAAUACAACGUGGGGCGCUCGCGGUCGCGGGACAGUGGCUCCCAUUCGCGCUCGGCCAGCGCCAGCUCCACCAGGAGCACGGACAUUGUGCUGCAGUACAGCAAUCAUCACUUGAACAACAAGCGCAACAUGAACAACAACAGCAACAUGAACAACAGCAGCAGCAACAUUGCACUCACCAACAACAACAACAACAGCCUGCUGAAUCGCAAUAAGUCGCACUCGAUUAUUGGAUUGCACAGCAGCAAGUACGAGUCCUCGCUGAAGGACAGCUACAGUGCGAAGAACGUGAACCUGAAGAACCAGCUGCUGAACGGCGGCAUCAAGAGCGACACCUACGAGAGCGUCUGUCCGCCGGAGGACGUGGCCGAGCGCACCAAGCAGACGCACAAGAACUCCAUGAUCCGCAACAAUCUGGCGGAUACCUCGACCAACAACAAUAACAACAACCACAGCGGGAGCAUCAGCAACAUCAACAACAUUGGCAGCCAGAGCAGCAGGAAUCUCAAGCGGGUCUCCUCGGCGCCACCCAUGCAGAACUUGUCCGUGGUCAAUGGACCACCGCCACCACCACUGCCGCCUCCCUUGAGGGCACCCGCCCAGCAGCAGCGCAACAACCUGAACGCCGAGCAGCCGAACAACAUGAACGCCAGCAAUAGCAUCUACAACAAGAACAUCUAUGGUUCGAACCAGGCUCAAAGCACGCCUGGUGUAGCUGGCGGUGCAGCUCCUCCUCCGGUUCCAGCUCCCAACCCCGUGGCCACAGAUGCCGUUGACUCGGACUCUGGUCUCGAGGUGGUCGAGGAGCCGAGCUUGAGGCCAUCGGAACUGGUGCGCGGCAACCACAACCGCACCAUGUCCACCAUUUCGGCGAACAAGAAAGCCAAGCUGCUCAAUGCCAGCAGCACAAAUGGCGUUGGUGCCGCCAAUCCGGAGGAGUCGCGACCCGGGGGUGCUGCCAGUGCUGGCAAUGACAGCGGAAGUGGCAACGGAGCCGGAGCCAAUGCCCACUUCUAUGGCUACUCGGAGGGGCCCAAGGGUCAGAGGAGCAAUGUGAACGGGAACGGAAACUACCAGCAGCCGCAUUACCAGCCCACUGGCCAGCCGCACCAGUACACACCCAGCCUGUAUGGAGGCGGCUCCUCCGCCGAGGACCACUACGAGCUCACCCAGCAGCAGCAGCAGCAGAUCUACGGGGAAACCCACCUGGCCGGCGGACAGCGGACAGGCGGACCCAAUCUGGUCAACAAGCAGCUGGUGCUGCCGUUUGUGCCGCCCAGUUUUCCCAAUAAAUCACAAGACGGCGUCACGCAUCUCAUCAAGCCGUCCGAGUAUCUCAAGAGCAUCAGCAUCGACAAGCGUUCGUGUCCAUCCUCCGCCCGCUCCACGGACACGGAGGACUACAUGCAGAUACAGAUCGCCCAGCAGCAGCAGGUGCACCACUCGCAGCUCCACUCGCAGCACCCGCAGUCGCAUCCCCAUCCGCACUCGCACCACCCCCAUCCGCACCCUCACCCACACCACCCGCACCAGCUGCAUGGAAUGGGCGAGCAGCCGCCGUUGCCCCCUCCGCCGCCACCGCUGCCCCACGGAAUGUUGCCGCCGCAGCCCCCGAUGGGUCCGCCGAUGGGCGGGGCAGGCGGCCAGGAUGCCACCAUGCCCGGCAAGGCGCACAAGCCCAAGAAGCCGCACGGAUCGGCGCCCAACAGCCAGGACACGGCCUCCAGGAAGCAGCACCAGCCACUGUCGGCCAUCUCCAUUCAGGAUCUGAACAGCGUCCAGCUGCGCCGCACGGACACCCAAAAGGUGCCGAAGCCCUACCAGAUGCCCGCGCGCAGCCUGAGCAUGCAGUGUCUGACCUCCAGCACGGACACCUAUCUCAAGUCCGACCUGAUUGCCGAGCUGAAGAUCUCCAAGGACAUACCCGGCAUCAAGAAGAUGAAGGUGGAACAGCAGAUGGCCAAUCGCAUGGACUCGGAGCACUACAUGGAGAUCACCAAGCAGUUCUCGGGCAACAACUACGUGGACCAGAUCUACUUGCAGAUACCGGAACGGGACCAGGCCGGCAACGCCAUACCCGACUGGAAGCGCCAGAUGAUGGCCAAGAAGGCGGCCGAGCGGGCCAAGAAGGACUUCGAGGAGCGCAUGGCCCAGGAGGCGGAGUCGCGCCGCCUCUCCCAGAUUCCCCAAUGGAAGCGGGACCUAUUGGCUCGGCGCGAGGAGACGGAGAACAAGCUGAAGGCGGCCAUCUACACGCCCAAGGUGGAGGAGAACAACCGGGUGGCGGACACCUGGCGACUGAAGAACCGCGCCAUGUCCAUCGACAACAUCAACAUCAAUCUGGCCGGCAUGGAGCAGCACUACCAGCAGAUCCAGUUCCAGCAGCAGCACCAGCAGCAGCAACAGCAUCAGCAACUCCAGUUGGGCAACAAGGAGAACCACGGCGAUCCGAAGGGCGGUCAUCAGGAUCAGGAGCUGGAGCAGGGCGGCAAUGGCGGCGGCGUCGGUGGAGGCCAGGAGCUCCUCGAGCCGUCGGACGGCAGCCAGGGCCACGCCGAGGAGGAGGAGGACAACAUCAUCCCCUGGCGCGCCCAGCUGCGCAAGACCAACAGCCGCCUCAGCCUGAUCUGAACCCCGUAUCUGACCCCAGAAACCCAUCCUAUCACUCGACUCCUAAGCGGUGCAUUUUUUUUUGUUUUUUUUUCGAUUAACUUAACGCAUGUGCAAUUAAAAAAGAAGAGACCCUAAAUGUAAACCGUAAAACUAAGCCUAAGUUUUAGCUACUUACAUUGUACUAUAUGCAUUAUCAUAACCCCUAUUACUACGCCUAAUUGUACUCCAUGUUUUUUUUCGCGGCAAAAAGAAUAUUGUUAUUCCUAGGGGGCAGUAUCGCAAGGCGAAUCAAGCGUAUAUCUAAUCUUAGCUGCUGUCCUUAAGUUCUAUUUCGGUGUUGUAUUUUUAUCAUUUUUACUCUCCAUUAUUUUAUUAUUUUUUUUGCGACUCGGCUUGAAUUUAUUAAGUAUGGCAUUAAUUUAAUUCUCUUGGUUAAGCAUUUUUUUAUUGUUAUUUGUUUUUAUAUACGCGGCUCAAACAAUAUUAUUAUUAAUUACAUAAAUACAUAUUACAUCUAUGAAUAAACAAGCGAACGAAUGAAU